AUGGGAUCAACACUUGAAGAUGAGCUAGCCCUAUACUACUCUAUGAAACAAACCAAUGAGGAGUAUCAAUUGAAGGUCCUUGUUGCUGAUCUGGAAGUGGAAGAGAAAACAAACUGGUUGGACUUAAUUAUAUUCACUGAAAAAAGGAACUCGGACAUUGUACUGACUAGAGAGGAGUACAAGUAUGUGCUCGUAGAGCAUCAUUCUAUGCCUUCUGCCUAUGAUAUAAUGCAGAACCUCAAAGAAAUGCUUGGGGAUCAAAAUCCUACUGCUAGGCAUACUGCUAUGAAGGAACUCAUGAAUACUAAUAUGGAAGAAGGGACCCCAGUAAGGGAUCAUGUUCUGAAGAUGAUUGGUCUUCUCAAUGAGUUAGAGAUCCUUGAAGUUGAAAUCGAUGGGAAAGCCCAGGCCAAAAGGCUGAAAGAAGUAGAAAACGGUUCAGAAACCACAGGGAGCUCCUCCAGUAGUACGUGGGCCAUAGGAUGGAGUGAAAAAGCCCAAGGGCAAAUGUUUUCACUGCAAGCAGCCAGGGCAUUGGAAAGCACAAUGUCCAGUUUAUCUUGCCAAAUAGAACAACCAAGGGGUUCCAGCAAACCCUCUAGCUAA